AUGCAGUCAUGUGGAAAUGUGGAUGAUGAUAUACUAUUGAUAUUGCCGCUUCUGAUCGACUUCCCGGAACCUACAACCACUUUCAGCAAGGUGGGGAUCGAGAACUCACCAGGUCAAAUAAUCCAAUGGAAGGACCAUCCAUACCUCGCCUUGGACAACAACUGUUUCGGGUUCUUCUACAGUCGGGACGAGAUCGGAGGCGCGGCCAUCGAAAUUGGAGUAGUUUUUAAAUUGAGGCGGUCGUUGUUCUUGAGACCGACGUAUUCCAGUUCAAAGGAAAACUUGACAAGGAAGAAAUGGAAUUUCUUGUUCAAGGAAGGUAUCGAACAAAGCUACUCAUCUUAUACGCGUGCCUCCGCGUUGAUGACGCCUCGCGCGUUCACGUGCAACGUCGGCUUACCCUACCCCUGCUCCACCACCGUGACUGCACAUUCUGCUCAAACUCUCUUCUUGAAUGCAGCCGCUGCCCAUGAUUUCGUGUUCUGGAUCGUUGGUCUUCGUUAUUGUAGUACAUUUUCAAUAUUAUCGGCCCACUUGAAUAGGCAUUUAUUAGAAAAGGUGUCGAUCGCGGUAUCAAAGUGGUUAUUGCGCAAGCUUUCCAGGCUCGUGCGUAUUCACCCAUCUCCAUUCCUCUGCCGACCCUCCAUGGAUGAUGUUAAUGCCGCAACAUGCACAGAUAUCCUGAUUUCCGGCACUCUAGGGCUACGAUGA